AUGUCAGAAAAGGCAAGCCUUCUCUCUCUCUCUCUCUCUCUGUGCUUGUUUGACAGCCCUCUCUUAGGUCUUCGUCCUUGCAGCUUUACUGCCUGGUCCUGCGGAUGAACAUCGACUGUGACGGCUGCUACAAGAGAAUCCGACGCGCCCUUCUCCAGAUCCACGGUGAACAAACAACUCUCUCCUCAUCUCUCUCACUCCCUCUCUCUCUCUCUCUCUCUCUCUCUCUCUCUCUCUCUCUCUCUCUCUCUCUCUCUCUCUCUCUCUCUCUCUCUCUCUCUCUCGCUCUCUCUCUCUCAUUUCUCUCUCUAUCCCUCUCUUGCUUCGGUUGAAAGAAGAUCUGGAUAGCCACUGGAUAGAGAAGAAGGAGAACAAGGUGACCGUUUGCGGCUCCUUCGACCCGCAGGCGUUCGCCAUCAAGAUGCGUGCGUUGACCAACCGCCGCGUCGAGAUUCUCCAGGCCACCGAACUCCUCCGUCCCUCCGCCGCCGCCCAGCUCGAAGCCGCCGCGGCCGCUACUAUCAAACCCGAAGACGCCAAAAGCUACAACAGAGACGGUAACAACAGCAUCAACAGCGCCACCGACGGCAAUGCGACCAGCAAGAAGAAGAAAAAGAAGAAGAAGAAGAAGGUGCAGUUUGACACCUGA